CUACGCUCAGGUCACGUGACACCGCCUGUCAACAGGAGCAGACGCUGCUGGGCAGGGAGGCAGCUGGACGUGUCCGAGCCAUUAUUUCCCAUUUUUAAAAGUCUCUUUUUCGCGGACUCCUCUGAGUGCCAUGAGCGACGGGACAAGUUCCGCGUUUGACACAGCUUGACCUCUCGAAUGACCGAGCAGCUAUGGCCGAGCGGUACGGAGCAGGAGAAUGAGUGCGAGCCUUCGAAGAGGAUGCGACCGUCUUUCAGCGAGGACUGCCCAGCCUGACACACCCGCCAGCAGCUGACAGUUACCGGGCAGAGACCUGGCUCUCGGUGGGGAGAGUCAAUUCAUUGGGUAGAGCGGUCCGGAUAACUCUGCUGCAAUGGCUGCUGUGAGCGGAGGAGACACGUUGGCAGCCGGUCCGGGAGGCGCGGCUCUGCCCGCGGUGUCUGUGGCCAACGCGUCCUCCAGCCCGGGCCCGGGUGCGGAUACUCGGGGCUGCGAGAACGGCGCCCUGAUGGACUCCUUCGGGAUCUUCCUGCAGGGCCUCCUGGCCGUGAUGGCUUUCAGCACGCUCAUGUUAAAACGCUUCAGGGAGCCCAAACAUGAAAGGAGACCCUGGAAGAUUUGGUUCCUGGACACCUCAAAGCAAGCAAUUGGGAUGCUCUUCAUCCACUUUGCUAACGUGUAUUUGUCAGACCUUACGGAGGAGGAUCCCUGCUCGCUGUACCUCAUUAACUUCUUGUUGGAUGCCUCUCUGGGCAUGUUGCUCAUAUAUGCAGGCGUGAAGGUUGUCAGUGCUGUUGUUGAAUGGAGGCAGUGGGAUUCUCUACGUUUUGGAGAAUAUGGAGAGCCAGUGCAGUGCACUGCGUGGUUGGGCCAAUGCAUCCUGUAUAUCCUCAUUGUGAUGUUCGAGAAAGUUCUCAUGAUGUUGCUUCUACUUAUCCCCCAGUGGAAGAAGCUGGCUCUCCUUAAUCCCAUAGAGAAUCCUGACCUGGAGCUGGCCAUUGUCAUGCUCAUCGUUCCAUUCUUCGUCAAUGCCCUCAUGUUUUGGGUGGUUGAUAAUUUCCUAAUGAAGAAGCACAGGACAAAAGCAAAGCUUGAGGAGAGGGAAGAGGACUCGCGUGGGAACAGCAAAGUUCGCUACAGACGAGCACUUUCUCACGAUGACUCAGAAUCAGAGAUCCUAUUCUCAGCCGACGAUGAGAUGGAUGAGUCGGAUGAAGACGAUGUCCGGCGACUCGCCGGUCUGAAGACGGUCAAAAAGAAAAAGCUUCGAAUGGGGAUUCCCUCAGGCGAGGUGAAAAAGAAGAAGCGGCCACCGAUGAAAGAGGAGGACUUGAAAGGAGCUCGCAGUAAACUGGGCCUGAAGGGCGAGGUCAAAAGUAAGACCUAUGAGGUCAUGGUGGAGUGUGAGCGUAUGGGGAAGGUGGCUCCGUCUGUGUUCAGUGGCAUGAGGACGGGCACAGAGACGGUUCUUGCCCCGCCUGCUGCUCCCAAGGAUCCUUCCGCCAGUGUGUUCGGCAAAUAGUCACCGAAGUCAAAAAACAAUUUAGAAAUUGUCGCUUUCACAGGCAUUAACUGGACGGUGGUAAAUGUAAAGUGUAUAUUUGUGAAGCUUAAGGGCGACGAAUAAGCCAGCUUUGCUCUGAUGUUGUAUUUUGAUAUGUUUGUUAUGUUGUACUUUUUUGUAUUUGCCCAUCUGUUCGAAUAAAUAUUCUUUCCUGUGUUUAAACGUU